AAAUAAAGGAGAAGACUUUUUAACUUGGGUAGGCUUAACCCUCCUAUGGUUGGAACGAGAGAUUCGAAUGUGAGAGGUUGAUGCUAAUUUACUGUUUGGAACACAGAUGCAGUUGGAUCAACGAGGUCUAAAGUUCGAAUAUGGUGCAGGGAGGAUUUUGUGUAUUUCACAAGCCAUAAGCGAGACAAUCAUUACGAGAUAAUAUAAUAACUAGUAGCAAACAGUAAAGUUUAGUUUAGGGGAUGGCUGUAGCCACAGGAAAAGCUCGGGCUGAUUACGAUUACCUUAUCAAGCUGCUCUUGAUAGGCGACAGCGGUGUUGGAAAGAGUUGUCUUCUUCUACGUUUUUCAGAUGAUUCCUUCACAACAAGUUUCAUAACCACCAUAGGAAUUGAUUUUAAGAUCAGGAUAUUUGAACUCGAUGGGAAGCGGAUUAAAUUGCAAAUUUGGGACACUGCUGGACAAGAACGUUUCCGCACAAUUACAACAGCAUACUAUCGAAAUGCAAUGGGCAUUCUUCUGGUGUAUGAUGUUACAGACGAGUCAUCCUUUAACAACAUUCGGAACUGGAUAAAGAAUAUUGAGCAGCACGCAUCUGACAAUGUAAACAAAAUAUUGGUAGGCAACAAGGCAGAUAUGGAUGAGAGCAAGAGGGCUGUCUCCACUGCUCGUGGUCAAGCACUUGCUGACGAGUAUGGCAUCAAGUUUUUUGAAACUAGUGCGAAAACAAACCUUAAUGUUGAGCAGGCUUUCUUUUCAAUAGCAAGAGAUAUUAAGCAGAGGCUUUCUGAGACUGAUUUCAAGGCUGAGCCACAGACCAUCAAAAUCAGCAAACCCGAUCCAGCUAAAGAUGCAUCCAACACAUCAGUAAAAUCAAGCUGCUGCAGUGCUUAAUGUUGUACAGCAUUAGUUCGUUCAGCCAAUAGCUUUUGGUUGCAAUUGUUGACAUUUUAUAUACAAGCCUGACACAAUAAGCACCGUGGCAACCAACUUUCUAGCCAUUGAUUACUUAGCUUGUAGCUGAGGAUUGUGGAGAGUAUUUAACAGUGACUUGAGUUGCCCUAUACACAUGGAAGUGUAAUGUAACGGGAUGCUAACAGCAAAAGCUAGAAUUAUUCAUCCAUAUAUUUGGUUUAUGGCAUUAUUCUUGCAUAUAACUUCUUGAAAGAAGUAGAUGCUUUUAACACAUAGUAUGCUACUUGAUAUAUGAAGUCUGCUGACAUGGCAAUAUUCUCCCUGCACAUGGUAGGUAUGCCUUUUCUUCUAUUAUUGAUGUUUUACGCUUUAAAUGAUAUUGCAUAGAACUUUUUUAUUA